UGUUCUAGUUAGUAAAUGGGCGUGUUUGUUCUGUGUGUGUUCAGUCUCUUAAAUUACCGGCUGUAGGAAAGGAAAUGGACUAAAGUUUGACAGCUGAGCCACAGGGCUGCUCUUGUUUAACUCAGGGAAUAAAGUAGAGAUGGACGAUUUCUGGGCGGGAGCCCUUUGGUCACUGAAGAUUUGGCUGUACCUCAUAAUCAUCCUCAUCAUGAUCCCAUCCAUGUUUGGAUUCUCACUGGGCAUUUCCGAGAUCUACAUGACCAUACUGGUGAAAACCUUGGAGUGGGCCACUCUGAAUAUACAGAAAGCAAAUUCAGAUGAAGGAACACUCAAACCCUCCUCAUCUAAUGGUCUCAUUCAAAGGGAAAAUGGAUCAAUGGAGAAGGAGCUCGAGGAACUUCGACGAAGUCGCCCAAAACCACCAGUGGGUGGUGAUUUUACACUAAGUGACUGUUUCUAUUUCACCCGACAAGGGAUUGAGAGUAUUGUAGAUGAUGAGGUGACCCAGCGGUUCACUUCUGAGGAGCUGAUGUCCUGGAACUUACUGACUCGCACCAACAAUGAUUUCCAGUACAUAAGUCUGAAGCUGACGCUGGUCUAUGGCCUUGGCAUCAUUGUGAGAUACUGCAUCCUUGCCCCCCUCAGAAUAACGUUGACCAUCAUCGGUGUUAGCUGGUUGGUAAUAGGAACAUCUGCAGUUGGAUUGCUUCCAAACUGGAGGAUAAAGUUCUGGCUCAGUGAGUUGGUCCACGUGAUGUGCUACAGAAUCUGUGCUCGAGGACUCUCUGCCACGAUUCGCUAUCACAACAGGGAAAAUAAACCCCAAAAAGGAGGAAUCUGUGUUGCCAAUCAUACUUCUCCAAUCGACAUUGUGAUUCUGUGCACAGAUGGCUGCUAUGCUAUGGUGGGUCAGGUCCAUGGAGGCCUGAUGGGAAUUAUUCAGAGAGCCAUGGUGAGAUCCUGUCCUCACGUCUGGUUUGAGAGGUCAGAGAUGAAAGAUCGCCAUCUAGUGACCAAAAGGUUGAAAGACCAUGUGAACGACAAAAAAAAGCUUCCUAUAUUGAUAUUUCCAGAGGGAACUUGUAUUAACAACACAUCUGUCAUGAUGUUUAAAAAGGGAAGUUUUGAAAUUGGAACAACAAUAUACCCAGUCGCCAUUAAGUAUGACCCAAAGUUUGGAGAUGCUUUCUGGAACAGUUCCAAGCACAGCAUGGUCAGUUACCUGCUGAGGAUGAUGACCAGCUGGGCCCUUGUAUGCAAUGUCUGGUACAUGCCAGCCAUGCACCAACAGGAGGGUGAAGAUGCUGUCCAGUUUGCCAACAGAGUGAAGUCAGCCAUCGCUCACCAGGGAGGGCUGGUAGAUCUGCAAUGGGAUGGAGGCCUCAAGAGGGCAAAGGUGAAGGAGACAUUCAAAGAGCAGCAGCAGAAGAAGUACAGCAACAUGGUGGUGAGAGAUGACAGCAGCAGCAACAGCGACUGAGAUCCUCAGUCAAACGAAGGCCUUGUCUUGUGUUGGAGAAUAUCUACUGGAAAAAAAAAAUGCAGUGGCCCUCCAGUGUUUUCUCUCUGGCUGUAACUGACUGGGAAUGCACAACAGUAGAUUUUAAAAACUGUGAAAACUUAGGUACAGCUAAAGAGAGGGAAGUCUCAGUGAUUCAUAGAUAACACAAGUGCAAUAUUGAACAUUAUGAGGAACUGAAAAAGGCAAGCUCCCUGUGUUUAUUGCUGCUUUAAAAAAAGAGUUUGGGGUCACACAGCAUGUUCUAUAUUUUUUAUUUUUUAGAAAAUACAGAGACUUUUUUUUCAGCAAUGAUUACUGCAGUGUUCCAGUGGCACAUUGAUUUAAAUAAUGCAAGUUCAACAUAUGAAAAGGCUGACUGAUUGUUUUCCCCCCACUGAUUACAGAAGCAUUAAGUGUAUGGAGCAACAGCACCUGUCGGUUUGAUCAUAGUCUCAAACACUUCCAGUAAAACAACUUUAGGAUUUUAAAAACUAUAAUGCAACAAAGCUUCAUGCACUCAAUAAACCAACUUAACUGCUUCUUUAAAGGGUGCAACAGUUUUCAGCUUUGCUAACAUGAUAAAUUUGAUACAUUUGUGGUAGGUAGCAGUGUGUUUGUAAUACAUCAACAACAUUGCUGCAAUCAUAAGUUAUGAUUUUAAAUUCUCCUGAUUCUACAACCUUUUCAUCAACAUUUCGUAUUAGAUGAAAACACGCAUCUUUUUUUUUUGUCUCAGAAACAAAGACUCAUUAAGUGACCCCAAACUACUGAGCACAGUGUUUACUGAUGUGAAAUGUGUGAUUGCAGAUGAGCCACUGGUUCAAAAAACUGGCUUGAUGAAUGUCUAAUUUGUCGACUUAAAUGUGUUCUACUUGUUGUGUUUUUUUGGUUUGUUUGUUUGUCUACAUGUAGCCCAUGGUACAAAUGUUGUACUGUACAAACGAAUUCAGGUGUUGCCGUGUAAUACUGCAAAAGAAUUCACGCCGAUAACUACCAAACCGUGCUAGUUCUCAGUCAACUUGAAGGAACAAACACAUUUGAGUUCAAAACUGACAGCAGCUUAGCAUUUGUUAUUCAAAAGGGAAAUUUGACCUCGUCUGCUUUUCAAAAGAAGCACACGAGUUUGACACUUGAAUAAUGAACGUUAACGUUGUUGUGCGUGACAGUCCAGUUCGUUUAAUGACAACAUGAGCUGUAACUGCUUCACAGUAUAACGCACAGGACAGACUUUUUAGAUGGCUUCUCACUGGAUAGUUUUCCUGAAAUUUCAUCCUUGUGGCUUCCAUUUUUCUCUGGGACUUCCUCUUUGGACCCUUAAAGCAGAUUGAAGAAGCAUUUGUUUUAGGGAGACUUUUUGAAUGUUGCGUGUCCUGAUAUUUUCUGUUUGUUUGUCAAACUGUCAAUGAUCUCACCAUCAUUUUUGUCAUCGCUGGGUUCUGAUUUGUCCUGAGUGCUCUGUUUAAAAACAAGUUUGAAUCAA